AUGGAACUGAAGGUCAGCGGUGUCAUCAAACCCGAUCCGAUUCGUUUCAUGAUCAAUGUGGGCCGCUCCAUGGAAAAUAUUGCGCUGCACUUUAACCCACGCUUCAACAUUUAUGGGGACGUCCGCACCAUAGUCAUGAACUCGAAGGAGGGCAACUCCUGGAAAGAAGAGCAGAGGGAUGGAAACUUCCCCUUCGAGGCAGGGAAGGAGUUUGAGGUGACCAUUGUCUUCAACUUUGACACUUUCGACAUUUAUCUAGCGAACGGCGACAAGUUGCAGUUCCCCAACCGUCUGGGUGACAAGAAAUACAAAUACAUAUACUUUGGUGGAGAUGCCACAAUCCAACGCAUAACUGUGGAACCAUCUACAAAACCAACCAAGAGAUAG